AUGGAAUAAACUAUUGAAAAAGAAGUUGAGAAUUUUAAUUUUUUGAAUUCAAAGAUAGAGAAAAUUCAUAUUCAAAUCAAGUUCAACUCAAAUUAAUAAAUUAUCUAUUCCUAAAACAGAGUAAUUGUGAGAGUGUAUAUUUAUAUUAUAACUUAAAAUAAAGAACAUAAGGUCAUGAUGUCCUUGAUAAAAAAGAAAUGUUUAAUAAUAUGGAUCAAAUCCAUAAUCUUUCAUGGCAAGGUUACUAUGGAAAAAACAAAGAGAAUCAUGGUAAAUGGAUUGCUUUUUGGAAUAAAGAUCUUCUAAUAAAUGUUGGCGGAUAAAGUUAAAUUAUUUAUUAUAUUCUAUGUUAUAAAGAUGGGUAAAAGAAAGCACCACGGAAAGACCCAUUCCUAAAUGAUAUGAAGUAAUUGAAUUUUUGACAUUAUGAAUAGAUAAUCGCAAAUUUUAGAAACUGGUGAAUAUUAUUAUGACUUUAGAAUUGGAAAAUGGAAUAUUAUUUUUUAAAAUGUGAAAAUGUAUAUAUUUUAAAAAUUGGUUAGUGGUGGUGGUAUUAAGUAAGGUAAAUGGGUUGAGCUAGAUGAAGGAUUUUAUCUUUGUAAUAGGUUACUUUUAAAGGUGAAUAUAAUAUUAAUGGCGUGAAGAUAGGCCUAUGGGAUAUUAUGUAUGAUGGGGAUGGAAAGAGAUCUAAAUAACUGUAAAAAAUAUAUAAGAAUAAGAAAAAUGUAUUUAGUGGUGGUGGAUCAUAUGACUAAGAAGGAAAUUAGUAAAAGAUUGGAAAAUGGGUAGAAAUAGAUGAUGGGUAUUAUAAAGAGAAUUUGGUUAUAUAUAAUGGUUUAUAUAAUAUUAAAGGUAAGAAGAUAGGUCUAUGGUGUACUAUGUAGUGUUUCAAUGGAGAGAAGGAAUAUAAAUAAAUGUAAACAAUAUAAAAUUAUAUAGUGGUGGUGGAUAAUAUGAUUAAGAAGGAAAUUAGAAAAAGAUUGGGAGGUGGGUUAAAUUGGAUGAAGGGUUUAGUUUUUCUAAAUAUGUCAUUCACAAUGGUGAAUACAACAUAAAUGGUAUGAAGGUAGGUAAAUGGGAUAUUUUGCAUUGUAAUGAUGGAGAGGAGGAAUAUAAAUAAAUGUAAAUAUUUUAUUAUUAUAAGUAGAAUAUCAAUAAAAAGUGGUGGUGGAUUAUAUGAUUACGAAGGAACUUAGAAAAUUUAAAUUCAAUAAUAUUUAAUUAACAUAAAUUAUAAAAUUUAUUAUAAAUACAACAUUGUUUAAAGUAAACAUUGA